AUGCCACCGGUUACAUCGGGAAAUGGCACCUCGGCGGUAUGCCCAGAGACAAGAUUCAUUACCCCUGAGAUGCGGUUCGGUUUUGAUGAUUGGAUCGGAUGGAAUUGCCAUCACGAUUACUUCAAUGCCCCGUAUCACGACUCUGACGGAAAUCGAUUCGAGAUUGACGGCUAUGAACCAGAGUUCCAGACCGAUAAAGCCAUUGAAUACUGCCGCGAUCAUGCCGAUGAACCCUUCUGCCUCUAUAUGAGCUGGGGACCGCCACACAACCCGUAUGAACACGUCCCAGAACGCUACAAAGCGAUGUAUCCGCCAGAAGAGAUUCAAUUACGUCCGAACGCGGUGGACACACCCGCAACACGGAAGGAUCUCUCCGGUUACUACGCACAUAUCACGGCUCUGGAUGAAAAUCUCGGACGCUUGAUGCGUGCGCUUGAUGAAAUCGGCAUCGCUGACGAUACUAUCCUUGUCUACACGUCUGACCACGGCGAUAUGCUCGGUAGCCACGGACACAAUUCCAGCCGGUGUUACCCGCGACUCUUGCUAAGCCUCGUCGAUUUUAUGCCGUCAAUGCUGUCGCUGUGCGAUUUGCCGAUCCCAGAGGGUGUGGAAGGUAUCGAUCUCUCAGAAGCGAUGCUCGGUAACACAAUUGACGAACCACAAUCCGUACUGCUUGAAGUCCCACUGCACGGAAGUGAAGGUUUUAACUUCGGUAUUCGUGAGUGGCGCGGUGUCCGAACACAUCGUUAUACGUACGCACGCCACUAUGACGGAACAGGGUGGCUGCUUUACGACAACGACAACGAUCCGUAUCAGUUGAACAAUCUCAUUGACGACGAAGAUUCACAAGACCUUCGUGCAGAACUUGAAGCGGAACUCCAACGCUGGUUAACUCGGAUAAACGAUCCGUGUCUACCCGGACUGGAGCACAUUCGGCAACUCGGCUUAUCAGAGUUGUGGAAUAUCAGUGAACAGCGGUUUGGUGGAAGAAAUCCCCGUUGGGCAUAA